UCUUGUGCUUAACGGUAACCGGGAGGUGACCUGAUACGACGUCUACUCUCCUUAUACCGCCGUCGCCUUUUCACGCCUCUCUCUCCCUCUUUCGUUCCUUGUCAAAGCCGGCGGUGGACCUCGCAUCGAUCCAACUCUUCCGAUCUGUAAGCAGAAAAUCACAAGACACUAUGGCUAGCAAACGGAUUCAGAAGGAAUUAAUGGAUUUGCAGAGGGAUCCUCCAACAUCAUGCAGUGCUGGACCUGUUGGGGAAGAUCUCUUCCAAUGGCAGGCAACAAUCAUGGGUCCUGCAGACAGUCCUUAUGCAGGUGGAGUGUUCUUUGUUAAGAUACAUUUUCCACCUGACUAUCCAUUUAAGCCUCCAAAAGUCAACUUCCAGACAAAGGUUUAUCACCCCAAUAUCAACUCGAACGGAAGCAUCUGCCUCGACAUCCUCAAGGAGCAGUGGAGCCCUGCACUGACGAUAUCAAAGGUCCUCCUCUCCAUCUCCUCCCUUCUUACAGACCCCAAUCCUGACGAUCCUCUCGUCCCUGAGAUCGCCCACACGUACAAGAUGCAGAGGUCUCAAUACGAAGAGACAGCUCGAGCAUGGACGCAGAAGUAUGCUAUGGGUUGACAGCACCCCCACCUCCAAUCCAAACUGAGAUGUGUAAUAUGUUUAUGAGAACUAAGAAUAACAAUCCUUCUCCUUCAUGUUGUAUUUGAAGACCCUAAAAGAUCAAACUGAGCUCUCAUGGCAUGAUCUGAAUGUAUAAUAGUUCGGAAUUGGAAAUCAUACGUGCAGAUUUUUCA